UCCGAUGGUCAACCUGCCAUUUCGGGGGAAGCUGGGUAGGUUGAGCAAAUAGAUUAGCUUAUCGGUCCAACUACAACUGCAAGUCCGAUGCUCGAGCCUGUCCCUUGGCGCGCUCCAUCGGCCAGCAAAGGAUGGCCAACUCCAAGUCCUCCUCGAGCUGCGGGUCGCCCCACUCGAUGAGUCUGGUCGCUGUCGUCAUCCCUCGCAGCUCCCAAUCCUUAUCCCUUUACUUAAACUUCAUCACCAUCUCUACCCAGUCACUCGUCACCGGUCCCAGACUCUUGAGCCAUGGCAUGCCCAGAAUCAGGUCGAAUCCGUGCAAUGGCAGUAUAUAUAGGUCGAGUGGGAUUAACAGCCCUUGGAUCAUCACGGGAACCCCGACUAGCUUCUCUGCACACCGUAGUGGAGCCCCAUUAGCCACCUUCACAUCGAAGGACUCAACGGUUGACCUUGGCAACUACAGCCGCUUCACAAACUCUGUACUGAUGAAAUUGAGAGAAGCCCCACUGUCGACGAGGGCCACUCCCCAUUCCCCCAUGACCUGCACCUGGAACCUCAUCGUCGCCGACCCCGCCGUCUCGACUGCCGCGACGGCCGAGAUCGUUUCAACGCCCCCACCUGUCUUCUCCCUCCGCGCGGUCGGUUCCUCCUCCUCCUUCUUCCCCUCCGCGCGCGCGACCCGAGCCUCUUGGCUCUCGCCUGCCUCGACUGCAGCGGCCGAUUCGCCGGCGCCCUCCAGCUCCCUUGCCGCGGCCGCCGCCACCCUCGCCUCUGCCCUCUCCGUCGCGGUCGCGAUCAAGGGUAUGCGACCCUCGGACAGCACCCGCGCCUCGCCUAUCGCCACCCGAAGCUCCUCCUCCGUGCGCGCCAGCCGUGCCAACACGCCCCGCAAGCGAUCGGUGGUUGACUUGCCCCGGUCCCCGCAAGAAUUCUUUGCUGAACUCAUGUCGAACACAGCUCUGAUACCAAUUGUGAGGAACACAGCUGUUGUGAACUAGAAUUAGUGAUGAGAAAUAGAAGAAUUAGGGUUGAGAAUUGGGAAUUUAGGGUUGGGAAUUGGGAAUUGAAGAGAGAUUAGGGAUUUGAUAAUUCUGAUAUGAUUAUUCAUUCGUAAAAUAGUGCACAACUGGUAUUUAAAUAGAGAUCUCCCCAAUUACUAACAAUAACCCAAAUACCCCUCCCCUAGGCCUCUGCCGUGCCACUCACAAGUUCCGACGGGUCCCAAAAAAGUGCCCAAAUCGAUCAACUUAUAAUGUAUUUGUCUUUGAGACUUCAGAGUACCCAGUGAAAUGAAAAAUAGCUGCAAGAGUAGUUGAUGUUUUCCAGUAUGCCUCAGCACUGUAGAUAGGGCUGAAAAUUGGCCCGACCCGCCCCUGACCCUGUCUGACCCGUCCCUGAAGGGUCAAGAUGUAUAACUGACCCGCCCCGACCCUGUUUCUUUCAUGACCCUGUCUGACCCUUUAGGGUCGGGGCGGGUCAGUGGGUCGAUCCUAAUAAAUAGACUACUUUUCU